UGCUCCUCUCACCUACUACAGGAUGUAAUGAUUCUGCUAGUUUAUUGAUAAAAUUGGAAAUAUUUUAAUUGUGCAUAUAAAGUUAAACAUUGUUUUGUUAGUACGCUACCCUAACCAGUUCAUUUGGUUAAAAAAAUGGACAGAAAGUCAAGUUCUGAGCUACUAAAUCUAGAACCACUCUAUAUGAAAAAUGCCAGCUCUGAUUCAUUAGCCUCAGACUCUAAAUCCAGCUCUUUAAACUCCAAGCUUGGACAAGAUUCGGUAAGUUCGAAAGCUUCUCCCUCCAAAAGCUAUGGUUCGUCAAGCUCGGCGUCGUCUGGCAAUAUCGUGUCAGCUCUUGAGGCUAAGUUGAAUCUAAAAUCUAGUGUGGGAGAAGCAACGACUCCUUCACGACCAGAUGAUUUGCCGCUUCUUCCUGGAGAAAAGGUGCAAGGUGUUGCCAAAGAAGUGACAUACCUUUGCCCCUACAGUGGCCCUUCGCGAGGUAUUCUGUCCGUCACCAACUACAAGCUACAUUUCCGCAGCGUGGACCGUGACCCCCCGUACUACGUUGAAGUGCCUCUUGGAGUUGUUAGCAGAGUUGAAAAAGUCGGUGGUCAAUCAAGCCGAGGAGAAAACUCCUACGGAAUUGAACUGUUUUGUAAAGAUAUGAGAAACCUUCGCUUCGGACAUAAGCAGGAAAACCAUUCUCGACGUAACGUGUUUGAGAAGCUGCAGCAGUAUGCUUUCCCUUUGUCACACAAGUUACCUCUGUUCGCCUUCGAAUACACGGAAACCUUCGCUGAGAAUGGUUGGAACGUCCACGAACCGAUUGCGGAACUGAAGAGAAUGGGAGUGCCCAAUGAGAUGUGGAAGAUCUCGCGUAUCAAUGAGGCGUACGAGGUGUGUGACAGUUACCCGACUGUGUGGGUAGUUCCGGCACAGGCUACUGACGAGGACUUACGACAGGUGGCCAUGUUCCGCAGCAGAGGCCGAGUACCAGUGUUGUCCUGGAUACACCCAGAGAGUCAAGCGACCCUGUGUCGCUGCUCUCAACCACUGGUGGGAGUUAGUGGCAAACGUAGUCGAGAGGAUGAACGGUACAUACAGCUAAUCAUGGACGCCAAUGCCCAAUCUCACAAACUUUUCAUCAUGGAUGCAAGACCAAGUGCAAACGCAAUCGCAAACAAAGCCAAAGGAGGAGGUUAUGAGUCUGAAGAUGCUUAUCAGAACGCAGAACUUGUGUUUCUAGAUAUCCACAACAUCCACGUCAUGCGCGAGUCUUUACGCAAGCUGAAAGAGUUGUGCUAUCCCAACAUUGAUGAGUCCCGAUGGCUGUCUGGAGUGGAGUCGACAUACUGGCUCAAGCACAUCAAGUGCAUCUUGGCUGGUGCUUGUCGCAUUGUGGACAAAGUGGAAAACAACAAGACUUCUGUGCUGGUACACUGUUCAGACGGCUGGGACCGUACAGCACAGCUAACUGCAUUAGCCAUGUUGUUGCUGGAUCCAUACUACCGCACGAUCAAAGGAUUUGAAGUUCUCAUUGAAAAAGAAUGGUUAAGCUUUGGCCAUAAGUUCCAGCAGAGGAUCGGACACGGAGAUGACAAACACUCAGACGCAGAUCGCUCUCCGGUAUUCCUGCAGUUCAUCGACUGCGUGUGGCAAGUCACCUGUCUUUACCCCAACGCCUUCGAGUUCAACGAGAACUUCCUUAUCACCAUCCUAGACCACCUGUACUCUUGUAGAUUUGGCACAUUUUUGUUCAAUAGUGACAGAGAGAGAAUGGCAGAGAAAGUGAAGGAGAGGACAGUGUCUCUGUGGUCCUACAUGAACAGCAGUCUGGACCUGUAUCAGAACCCUCUCUACUACGCACAACAACAAGUGCUUCAGCCUAUUGCCAGCAUGAGGCACAUCCGGUUGUGGCGUCGUCUCUACUGCCGCUGGAACCCUAGCAUGCGUCCUCAGGACCCCGUCUACCAGAGAACCAGAGAACUUCUAGUGUUGAAGGAACAGCUGGAGAGACAAGCUGAAGAAGGACGUAGAGAACAGCUGAUGAGGAUAGCCAGGAAUGUAACAACUCUAAACCGUCUCACCUCUCCUGUACACUCGUAAUUCCUUCCCACCUCUCCAUUCUUGUAAAUAUCUUUUUCAAUGCUGUACAGUUAAGAUGUAUCAAUUUACUUUACAAUAAACACUAAAGAUUUCUUCUUUGGACCCUUUGAAGCAUGGUUUUACUGAUAUGAAAAUUUGAUUUGCUACAGCUACUAAGUGAAAGCGAUUUUAACCACUUGCAGAAUAGCUCCCACGCUCGUUUUACUUUGCCACACAAAAAACACACAAAUUAAGAUUGUAACGGUAUUCCAUGUGUUAUACGUUAAACUAUACUAGGGACUACGAGAGUCUGCAGUUGGCGGCAGCCAAUAGCAAGACUGGACUAGCGCGACGUUGCAACAUCACCCGUUCACUAAUUCUCGACAGUAAUUAAAAUAUACUAAACAAUAUUUUCAAAUCAGCUGGUAUUAUUAGAUUUGGUAACACCACACUGUCCUCAUUGGCUCAUUCGAAGUCACGUGGUAAAUAGGAUCCUCCCUCAACUGCAGACUCUCGUGGACCGUAUUGUAAGUUAGCAACACAUUUUACAGAUGGGUCGCCGGAAUUUUAUCCCCAUGGAAUUUUACCCCCUGGGCAAAGCUGACGUCACUAUGACGUAGUAACCUGAGCGGCCAAAAGUUUGUUCGCGGCCGGAAUUUUACCCCCGCGGAUUUGGAGGUCUAAUGAAAAUAGUCAGAACGUGAUUAAUUAGAUUAGCGAUGAAAACCGGAAUUUUACCCCCUGUCCAUAUAACUAGCGUUUAGACAACUGAAGAUGUGCGGGCCGGAUUUUCACCCCCGGAUUUUUACCCCCGGAAUUUUACCCCCGGAAUUUUACCCCCGGAUUUUUACCCAGCGGAAUUUUACCCCUGGCCGAUUUUAUAAAUUGAAUGAUUGAUUUUCUUAUUUUUGUUUUUAAUUAAUUGGAAACAUUUCAUUAUUUAGUAGCCUAUCUUUAUUUAUUUUGUAAUCUCAACUAAGUAAACAGAAUUCGCUGUUUUAUUUUGAUCAUAUUAACCAACAGUUGGCUUCAAAGAUCGAAUCCUGAUACUCGAAUCUCAAAAUUAAAAUUAAAAAGCUGUUCGAUUAGUUAAUGUUACAAAUAAAUUAAGAUAGGCUACUUAAUAAUAAAAUGUUUACUAUUAAAUUAAAACUGAAUGAAGAUAAUUAAUCAUUCUCACUAAUUUAUAUAUCUGACCAGGGGGUAAAAUUCCGGGGGUAAAAAUGCGGGGGGUAAAAUUCCGGGGGUAAAAAUCCGGGCCGUACAUUCUAGGUUUUUAUAAUUUGAUGUGUUCUGAUUAAAUUCAAAACCGUGAAAAUAUAUGUUUAAUUCCGCGUUUAAUCCAUCAAGCUGAUGUCGCGAAACUCAAAAGUUCGCGGCCGGAAUUUUACCCCCUGGUUUGUGAUGUCACGUUUGCCCAGGGGGUAAAAUUCCAGGGGGAUAAAAAUCUGCUACGCCUUACAGAUCAGCCGAUACACAAUUAAAAUGUUAACGUUUUUGAAUUCAACUUGUGAAAUUAACUUUUGUCAGCAUAACCUAUACAUUUUGGGUGGUUAAAAGGAAUAUUUAUGUUAUAAUCAAAUUUAAACAAAAAUCACAAGAUUUGUAAGAAUUGUUUGUAUGAAAAAGCUACUACUCAAAGGAACAAAUGCACCAAUGAAAUCUACAGAGGUUCAAAACCAUUUUAUUUACAACAAAAGCUUGCUUCAAAGGUGUCUUUUUUGACAGUGAAGUUUUUUGUAAGUUAAGAUAUUUAUCAAUUUGUUACCCAAAGAGAUAUAUUUUGAAGGGUAUCAAUUGUACAGUAUGAAGGAGUGGACAUUGUUAAUUCUUGAUAGGUUAAUGGAUCAAUUUUUGAACAGGAAUCUACUGAAUUUAAAAUAUUUAAGGGUCAGUUACAGAGCGUGAGACAGGGUACUAGCUGGUGAGUAAAAACACAGGCUUGUCGGCAAGUACAACAUACAACAUCCGCUAUUAACCAACUCAAAAUCGUCGAGACCAAUCCUACUUCUCGAUUAUAUACAAGCAGCUUUGAGUACUCUUUGAUAGUUAACGAUCAAAGUAGUGUGUAAAUUUGCCAACAAAGUCAACCUUUUUCACAGUUUAAUUUAUUCAUUUAUUUUAUUAUUUUUGUUAAAGCUGUACGAUGAGUAACACUGGGCUAGUUUACAAACUAUAAAAAAGCCGGCUAGUACAGUAGAGUCCCGCGAACUCGGCACUCGAUAACCCGGCAGUCUGGAUAACUCGGCCAUCACCUGGCUCAGAAAAUUAGUGAUUAUUUGAGUCCUAGUUCAACAUGGACUCAAGCCAGCUCAAGUUAAAUCACUCACAACUCGUACCAAGGAUUUGUUGUACUAUAUCUGAUGACUUAACACUGACUUGUAGUAUAAAUAUAUAUAAAAAAGGCAGGUAAAAGGCUUAAAAAUUGUAUUGUUUUUAUUUUGAACCCUAGUUCCUGAUAACCCGGCAUUUCACAAACUCGGCACCCUUCCAGUCCACAUUACGACGAGUUUGCGGAACUCUACUGUAACUUGUUUUAACUUGCUCUUAGUGAUCCGAACCUUAACCAAACAAUAUCCAAUUGUGUUUUGCUUUGGAUUAGCAGACCGGUAUGCAUAAAUUAUAAUUUUAUUAGUCAUUAUUCACUAUAUUAUAAACGAUGAUUGUCUAUGUUGUUGUUAGAUUUUAUUUCUUGCCAUUCUGAUGAGUUGUCGGCAUUGACUAAUUUUUUGCAACAGGGUUCAAAUAAUUCACAAUUCACUCUUCUUGGAGGUAAAACCAGUGAAAUUAUUAAAAUUUUACCAGCGUCAAACUUAUUUAAAAUUUGUUUAAUUCUUCUUAAGAUAAUUACAAUUGUAUUAAGCUCUCUAAAUAAAAGACAAACGUCUUAUCAACUUUGUACUUGAAGUUGGUACAAAAUAUUUUCAUGCUAAUAUUUUUCCAUUAUAGUUUCAUAGAUUUGGUUUUAUAGGCUUAUGGGACCAUAAUACAAAUGUUAUGUACUUGGACAUUUUUCCGUCUCUUCUAAAACAGCCAAUUGAAUGGAAUUGAUUUUCAGAAACCAAAUAUUUUUUUAACUUUAAGCGUGUUUUAAUUGUAGUUGUAGGAUGUAGCUUUGUUCCCAACCUUUUGUAAUCAUCAUGUUUGUUUUAUUAUUUAUAUUUUUUACAUAAUCUUGUUAUCUAUUACUUAUUAUUAUUAAAUUAACUUGUACAGUUAACGCUUAGGAAA